AGGCCAAUUAAUUAGUUAAACAAAAUUGUAAUUAUUAUUUGUAAAUGCUUCUCACUUACAUAACUGUUACGAAAUGACACGAUGAAGCAAAGAACAUGGCCGGAUCGAUCGGAGGGCUCACGUUUCACAGCGCUUCCGCUAACAAAAAGCAACGGUGACAACCGCCGACGAGAACUCUAUUCGAGUUCCAGCACGCACAAGAGUAAAAUCAAGCGGCAUAGCCACCACUUCUACUCAAGAUCAUCACAAUCAACGGACGGUCAUGAUUUUGCAACCUUACCGUUCGAUAUCUUGACAAAAAUCGCGGCCUCUUUCACGCAUCCUCAACUUCGGGCGGCUUCACUGGUGUGUAAAUCAUGGAGUGACGCGCUUCGGCCUUUGAGAGAGGCGAUGGUGUUACUGAUGUGGGGAAAGCGGUUCAAGCACGGGCGCGGCGGUGUUCGCAAAAACUUGGAUAAGGCUCUCGACUCCUUCCUAAAAGGCGCGGAACGGGGCUCCACUUUGGCUAUGGUCGAUGCCGGUCUAAUAUAUUGGGAAUUAGGCAAGAAGGAGACGGCUAUUGGCUUUUAUAAGAAAGCGGCUGAGCUUGGUGAUCCUGCUGGCCAGUGCAAUUUGGCAAUUUCUUACUUACAAGCACAACCUCCAAAGCCAGAGGAAGCUGAAAAGUGGUUGUAUCAAGCUGCCUUGGCGGGUCAUGCACGGGCACAGUAUCAACUUGCCCUUUGCCUGCAUAAAGGUUGUGGACUACAACAGGCGGCUAGAUGGUACUUAAAAGCUGCUGAAGGUGGGUAUCUACGUGCUAUGUACAACACUUCACUUUGCUACUCGGCUGGGAAAGGGUUGCCCUUAAGCCAUAGACAAGCAAGAAAAUGGAUGAAAAGGGCAGCUGAUCGUGGUCACAGAAAAGCUCAAUUUGAGCAUGGACUUGCCCUAUUUUCGGAAGGGGAGAUGAUGAAAGCUGUAGUUUACCUUGAACUUGCUACACGUGCUGGUGAAAUGGCAGCAGCUCAUAUCAAGAAUGUUAUUCUCGAACAACUUUCAGUAACUUCACGUAAUCACGUCAUGUUACUUGCUGAUAAUUGGCGAGCUUUGCCUUCAUCCUGCUGAGUUAUACCUAACAAGGGUUUGUAGAUCUUGACACUGACUAGUCUAAAAUCCUUUGGGAUGUAUUUUCUUUGGUUGUAAUCUAUAUAUUGUGGGGGUGAUAAUACAAAUCGCAUAGAUACCUUGGCUGCUUUUGUGGUUUAUGCUCAUGUCUUGAUGAAUUAUAAAUAGGGAAAUAUUAACAUUUGUCUUGAGUGCACAUGAUAAAGAAUAGAAGCAAACAAAAUUUUGAUUGUCUCAAAGCAUUUCUUUUUGUAAAUAAUGUGUAUAAAUAUUAUAAAAAAAUUUGUUUGUUUAUGGCUUGGGGCACAUGUUGAGAGGACCUUCAAAUAUGACGUGCU